ACGCAUCGCUGUCGCAUCACCGGAAGUUGCGUUCUCCUCCUUCCUCGCGGCAGGCGGACGUGAUCAAGCUAGCAGCGACUAAAACACAAUGUCAGGUAUCCUGGAACCUUUAGAUGAGCCUGUAGACGUCAAGGAGGACAGAGAGUUUGAUGUACAGACUGAAGACAACCUCUGCGAUGAUUUCUUCCAACGACCCGACUCGAUAUAUUUUACAGACAGAAAGGAGUGGGCUGACCUGGAUCCUGUUCCCCAGGAUGAUGGACCAAAUCCCGUUGUGAAGAUCGCCUACUCUGAGAAGUUCGCAGAUGUUUAUGACUACUUCCGUGCACUCUUGAAGAAUAACGAGAGAAGCGAGCGGGCUUUCGCUUUGACGGCAGAUGCCAUUGAGCUGAAUGCUGCCAAUUACACCGUUUGGCACUACAGGCGAGUGCUGCUACAAGCCCUGUCAAAGGACCUGAGGGAGGAGAUGAGGUACAUCACUGCCAUCAUAGAGGAGCAACCCAAAAACUACCAAGUCUGGCAUCACAGACGUAUGGUGGUGGAGUGGCUCAGUGACUCCUCGGAGGAGCUGGAGUUCAUUGCGGACAUUCUCAGCCAAGAUGCAAAGAACUACCACGCCUGGCAGCACAGACAGUGGGUCAUUCAGGAGUACAAACUGUGGGACAAUGAGCUGGAGUUUGUGGAGAGUCUCUUGGAGGAAGAUGUGAGAAAUAACUCUGCAUGGAACCAGAGACAUUUUGUUAUCUCUCACACAACAGGCUUCUUGGAUCAAGCUGUAGUAGAGAGGGAGAUUGACUACUGUCUGAGUCAGAUCCGGAAGGCUCCCCACAAUGAAAGCGUGUGGAAUUAUUUAAAAGGGAUGCUGCAGGACCGAGGGCUGUCAUCCCAGCCGGGUUUGGUUGAAAGGAUCCUUGAGCUGAAGGAGACACAUUGUUCAACUUAUCUUCUAGCUUUUCUGUUUGAUUGCUACGAGGACGCUUUGGAGACCAGCAGCCAGAAAGAAAAUAUUGAGGAAGAGGAGCGAAAGGAAACUUUAAAAAGAGCUCUUGAAAUUUGUGAACUUCUGGCCCGUGAGAAGGACACCAUCCGCAGGGAGUACUGGCUGUUUUUGGGACGUUCUUUGAAAAGCAAAUCUGGAAUCAGUGAUCCCUUUACUGAGCCUCUGGCAAAUGAUCCUGACCCGUCAGUUCUUGCAUCUGUGAAACCGGCCAUGAGCUAGACCUGCACAAGCCUCGCACAGUAUCCACUUCUGCCCUGCUUCAAAAAUACUAUCAAAAGAUUCAAGCCAUGAGUCUGAUGUGUCUGUACUCUGCUGUAGUGUAAGAGUAAGGAAUACUCACAUGUGAAAGAAGUGGACUCAAACAGAUGGAUGGAAUAAAAACAUGGAAACAUAGCAGACUUAAAAACAUGUGACACAGGAUAGAAAAGUUGUAAUAUACUGUAUGUUGAUUCUGUCAUCUUUUCUCACCCAUAAAUACUCCAUAACAAGAUGAUCAUGUCAUGUGGGACAUCUGGAACAUUUGUCAUUUGCUAGUGUUGCUCCUUGUUUGAUUAUUAAUAAAUAUUUUGUUGUCUUUUAAAA